AUGAAUACCUCACCUAGCAAACGAGAACUUCAACAAUUCUUAAAACGAUAUGUACCUCAGCAGCAACCUUUCGAACGUCCAUUGGGAUAUACCGACAACAAGACAAUGGGUAUACUGUCUCCGAAAGAAUAUGUUUCUGAUCUAUUGUCACCUUCAUACACUAAUCAAAUUGCUUUAACCAAAGUCCAAGGACCUUUUGCGAAAAUGGAAUGGCAGGCGGUGGGCAAGACUCUGUACAAACUUCAAAAACUUGGAUUAACUUCUAUCGUGGUGACAGACAGUUUGGCAUGGAAGACGGAUAAAGUCUAUUCUCUCAAAGAAAGGGGGCUUAUGAUGGUGCGUGAAAGUAUGGCUUUAGUGGAAGCCAUAGAGAAAGCGGGUGGUCGUGCUCAAUUGAUCUAUGGUGGUGGUGUACUGGAAUACAACAAUGAAUUGGAUGUCAAUUUGGACUUUAUCUAUCCUGCACUCAACAAUCAACAAAUCCCCAUCAUUAUUCCCAUGGUACAACAACAACAACAACAACAGUUAGAAGAUCGUACCGAUUUGCAUCAACCGGAUGCCAACGAUGUGAUGAUCGCUUUGACACAAAAAUUGGUUAGCAAAGGUCAAUUUGAUCCUCGACUGACAGCACCGUCUAAAAUUGUCGUUAUCAAUAAUGAAGGUGGCAUUCCCAAUCAUGAACAUCUUGGCAAUACAGCACACAGUUUGAUCAACGUCCAAGAAGAAUACGAUAUCAUUGUCAAUGCAUUCCAACAACAACCUUCGUGGCAAUCCAGUCAUCCAAGCGCAUUGCCCAAUCUCAACAUGAUUCGAUCGUGUCUUGCUCAGUUACCUCCAACAACAUCAUCAGCAGUGAUUGUACCUUCGUCUUCUUUACCCUCUGCACUGAUCGCCAACCUGGUUACCGACAAGCCAUUAUACUCUUCUUCAUUACCCAUCGACAACAAGGACAACAUCCAACGGGUCAAUCAGUCAAAAACAACGGUUCUGCGUCACGGCAUCAAGAUACACACUUACACACGAUUGGAAGAGUUGGAUUUACCACGCCUAACAGCAUUAUUGGAAGCAAGCUUCAAUAGGAAACUGGAUGUGGAUGCUUACUACAAACGACUUGAUCAUCAUUUGGCAGGGGCCAUCAUCGCUGGCGAUUAUGAAGGUGCUGUCAUCAUGACAAAUGAAAACUCACAUCAUCCUAUGUAUUAUCUUGACAAGUUUGCCAUUGCUCCUACCAGUCAAGGCAUUGGAUUGACAGACAUUCUUUGGAAACGCAUGUGUGAUAGUUAUCCUGAACUUUUAUGGCGAAGUCGAAAAGACAAUGGUGUCAACAAAUGGUAUUUUGAACGAUCCAAUGGAUACCUACGAUUACCGGAUUCUAAUUGGGUGUUGUUUUGGCAUGGAUCCAAUGGUCAUCAACAACUGAAAGCAUAUACCAAGAUUGCCAAGGAUAUUCCCGCCUCUUUUGUAUAA